CUUUCCUUUGGAAGUGUGGGCACCUUGCUACCUCUUCACAGCCCAAUAUUGAAUCAUUGCCAUCCAGGGUUGCUGAAGGGAGAAGUGUUCUUCUACUUGUUCACAAUCUCCCAGAGAAUAUUGUAUACUUUGUCUGGUUCAAAGGAAUUACUGUGUCCAAGAACAUUGUGGUUUCCCAGUACAUACUAGGCAGUAAGUCAACUGUGUGGGGACCUGCAUAUGGUGGCAGAAAGACAUUGUACAGUGAUGGAUCCCUGCUGCUUCAUGCUGUCACCCAGAAAGACCAUGGAUUUUACACCCUACGAAUUCUGAGGGCAGAUAUGAGAAGUGAAGAAGCAUGGGUGCAACUUCAUGUCGACAGCUCCGUUUCACUGUUCUGUAAUGCUCUCACUUCUUCCCAAUUCAUGAUCCAGUCAGUGCCUCGGUAUGCUGCUGAAGGGAAAGGUGUGCUUCUGCAAGUUCAUAAUCUUCCAGAAGAUGCAAAAGCCUUUUCCUGGUUCAAAUCAAUAUCUAGGACCCAUUUUCAAAAAAUUGUAGAGUACAGCAGAGUCAAUAAUUCCAUCACCUGGGAACCUGCAUUCAGAAGACAAGGGAUGGUGUAUGAAAAUGGAUGCCUGAUGCUCCAGAAUGUCACUGAGGAAGAUGCAGGAAUCUACACACUAGAAGUUUUAAAAAAAGAUUCCAAAUUUGAAAAUGCAUUUGUGGAAUUUUAUGUGAAGACCUACCUUUUAACCUGUUGGCACCUGCCCACCACUGUCCAAGUCAAUGUUGAUUUAGUGCCACCCCAUGUUGUUGAAGGAGAAGAUGUCCUUCUUCAUGUCUGCAAUCUCCCGGAAGAUCUUGUAGCCUUUGUCUGGCACAAAGGGGCGACAAAGAUGGACCUCGGAAUUGUACUUUAUUCACUGACCACUAAUUUAAACAUCACGGGGCCUGGACAUAGUGGUAGAGAGAUAGUGUACAGAAAUGGAUCUCUGCGCCUCCAAAAUGUCACCCAGAAGGACACAGGAUUCUACAUGCUACGAUCCUUAAAUAGGCAUAAAGGAAUUGUAUCAACAACAUCUAUAUACGUGCAUGUAUACUCCUUCCUUUGGACCUGUGGACCCCUUUCCACCUCUGCCCAAGUCACUAUUGAAUCAGUGCCCCCUAUAAUUACUGAGGGGGGAAGUGUUCUUCUACUCAUUCACAAUCUCCCAGAGAAUAUUCGAUCCCUUUUCUGGUACAAGGGGAUGAUUGUGUCCAAUGAUCUUGAGUUUGCAAGACACAUAAUAACCAUGAAUUCAAGUGUGCUGGGUCCUGCACACAGUGGUCGAGAGACAGUGUACAGCAAUGGAUCCCUUCUGCUCCAGAAUGUCACCUGGAAGGAUGCUGGAUUAUAUACCCUAUGAACUCUAAGUACAGAUAUAAAAACAGAAUUAGCACAUGUGCAACUGCAGGUGAACAGUAAGUGA